GUUGGGGAUCUAAUAAAAGAGAAUGGGGAGUGGGUAUCCACAAAGCCUGUUUGUCUGAACCCAUAAGGGACACUCAACCAAGAAAGCAGGAUGCCCGAACCGACUAAAAAAACAGCAAAGGCUAAAGCUGAAGCAGGAGUAAAGACUCCACCCGAAGCAGCGCCCCCUGCUGACGCGCCAUCCAACCCCCCAGCAGAUGUUCCUGCAAAAGACCCUGCUCCCUCUGAACCUCCUGCCCAAACUUCAGAGACCAACAAUCAUGCCCCAGACCCUCAUGAUGGAGCUCAUGAUGAAAACCAGCCUCCCGACACGAGGCAGGACCUUACCGGACUCUUUUCAGAAAAACCUCAGAGUGGGGAGGUGACUGUGGGUGAGAACAUCACUUUUGUAGCAAAAGUGUGUACUGAGUCCCUGCUGAAGAAGCCUGCGGUCAGAUGGUUCAAAGGAAAAUGGAUGGAUUUAGCCAGCAAGUCAGGAAAACACCUGCAGCUGAAAGAGCAUUAUGACCGCAACACCAAGGUGUAUACAUUUGAGAUGCACAUCGUUGAAGCCAAAGUUAAUUUUGCAGGAGGAUAUCGAUGUGAAGUGUCAUCCAGGGACAAGUUUGACAGCUGUAAUUUUGAGUUGAUUGUGCAUGAGGCUCGAACAGUGGAGGGGUUUGAUAUCCGUGCUGCAUUCAGACGCACUAGCUUAGACACAGGUGAUGCAGGAGAGCUGGACUUCAGCGGUUUACUCAAAAAGAGAGAUAGUUUCAUAAAAAGUGGCCAACGCACGGUCCAGGUGAGCAACGAACCUGAAGUGGAUGUGUGGGAAAUCCUCAGCAAGGCUAAGCCUUCUGAGUACGAGAAGAUCGCCUUCCAGUAUGGCAUUACUGAUCUAAGGGGCAUGCUCAAGAGAUUGAAGAAGAUGAAAAAGGAAGAGAAGAAGAGCGCAGCAUUCCUCAAAAAGCUGGACCCAGCCUACCAGGUUGAAAAGGGACAAAAGAUCAAGCUGCAGAUUGAGGUGGCCAAUCCUGAUGCCGAGGUGAAAUGGCUGAAAAAUGGACAGGAGAUCCAAAAAACAGGAAGCAAGUACAUCUUUGAGAGUGUAGGGAACAAACGCUUCCUCACGAUCAACAACUGUUCUCUGGCUGAUGACGCGGCAUACACCUGCAUCGUGGGAGAUGAAAAAAGCUUCACGGAGCUCUUUGUGAAAGAGCCUCCUGUCCUGAUCCUGCGUAAUCUUGAGGAUCAGAUGGCAAUGAAGGGAGAGAGAGUAGAAUUUGAGUGUGAGGUCUCUGAGGAAGGAGCUCAUGUCAAGUGGGAAAAAGAUGGAGUGGAGCUUACUCGAGAUGAAUCAUUCAAGUAUCGCUUCAAGAAAGAUGGCUGCAAACACAUACUCAUCAUCAAUGAUGUCACCAAGGAGGAUUGUGGUCACUACCGAGUGAAGACCAAUGGAGGGCAAUCUCUUGCUGAGCUCAUAGUGCAGGAGAAGCAACUGGAGGUGUAUCAGAGCAUUGCUGACCUGACAGUAAAAGCGAAGGAAGAGGCGGUGUUCAAAUGUGAGGUGUCUGAUGAGAACGUCAAAGGAACCUGGUACAAAAAUGGAGUGGAGGUGAAGCCUGAUGCUCGAACCCAUAUCACACACAUUGGCCGAAUUCACAAACUCUCUAUUGAUGAUGUGCGUCCGGACGAUGAAGGCGAUUACACCUUUAUCCCUGAAGGCUACGCUUUUAACCUUUCUGCCAAACUGAACUUCUUGGAGGUCAAGAUCGACUAUGUCCCUCGUCAAGAUCCACCUAAGAUCCAUUUGGACUGCUUUGGCCAAACUGCAGAUUCCACUAUUUUAGUCGUGGCUGGCAACAAGUUGCGAUUGGAUGUACCAAUCACUGGAGACCCUGCCCCAACAGUGGUUUGGACCAAGUCAGAUAAGGUCUUGACAGAUGCAAGUGGACGUGUCCAUGUAGAGAGUGCACGGGGACAUUGCAUCUUGACUAUUGAGGGGGCGGAGCGUCAGGACGAAGGCGUGUACUCUGUUAUUGUGCGGAAUCCGGCAGGGGAGGAUACCGCUGACAUUAAUGUGAAAGUUGUUGAUGUGCCAGAUCCACCUCAGGCUCCCAGAAUCCUCAGCGUUGGGGAGGACUGGUGUGUAGUCCAGUGGGACCCUCCACUGUUUGAUGGUGGCCAGCCAGUUUUGGGCUAUGUCCUGGAGAGGAAGAAGAAAAAGAGCUACAGGUGGAUGCGUCUGAACUUUGACCCCUAUAAGGACACCACAUAUGAAGCUAAGAAUAUGAUUGAGGGAAUGGCUUAUGAGAUGAGGGUUUACGCUGUGAACAGUAUUGGCAUGUCUCGGCCCAGUGCUGCCUCCCAGCCUUUUGUGCCUAUUGCCCCCUCCAGCGAGCCUGUCGGUCUGUGUGUGGAUGACAUCAGUGACACCACAGUCUCUCUGAAAUGGAGGACUCCAGAGAAAGUAGGCGCUUCUCCAAUAGAAGGCUAUCAGGUCGAAUACUGCAAGGAAGGCACUGAUGAGUGGAUUCCAGCGUUUGAGGGUCUUACAGAGAGGAACUCUGUGAUCAUCCGUGACCUGCCUACAGGAGAGAAGAUGCAGUUCCGUGUACGGGCGUAUAAUAUGGCUGGCCCCAGUCCUCCUGCCACUCUGGCCCAGGCUGUCACCAUCCGCGAGAUCAUGCAGCGUCCAAAAAUUUGGAUCCCUCGCAAUCUUCGCCAGACCCUCAUCAAGAAAGUAGGGGAGUCUGUUAACCUGGUGAUCCCAUUCCAGGGAAAACCAAGACCAAAAGCAACUUGGAUGAAAAAUGGUGAGCCUCUUGACACGAAGCAGGUGAGCGUGAGAAACAGUGACACCGACAGCAUCCUUUUCAUCAGGAGGACAGAGCGCAAAGACUCUGGGAAAUAUGAACUCCAGGUGCAGAUUGAGAACGUGGAAGACAAGGCCACUGUGACCAUUCAGAUUGUCGACAUUCCUGGUUCUCCUCAGAACUUGAAGGUGGUGGAUAUAUGGGGUUUCAACGUGGCGUUGGAAUGGAAGCCACCCAAAGACGAUGGCAACUGCGAAAUCACCGGCUACACAAUCCAGAAAGCUGACAAGAAGACCAUGGAAUGGUUCACGGUUUAUGAGCAGUAUCGGCGCACUCACUGUGUGGUGUCUGACCUGAUCAUGGGGAACGAGUACGUAUUCCGAGUGUUUGCUAUGAACAUGGUGGGCCUGAGUCUGGAGCCAUGCAACUCUAAGGACAGCGCGUACAUCCAGAAAACAGGCAUUAAGUACAAGCCACCCACCUACAAAGAACACGACUUCUCAGAGGCACCCAAAUUCACACACCCACUGGUGAACCGCUCGGUCAUCGCAGGGUAUAAUGCCACUCUUAGCUGUGCUGUAAGAGGCAUACCAAAGCCCAAAAUAACAUGGUACAAGAACAAGAUGGACAUCACAAACGAGGCCAAGUACCGCACGCUCAGCAAGCAGGGCAUUUUGACUCUGGAGAUCAGGAAGCCGUGUCCGUUCGAUGGAGGUGUGUACACGUGUAAAGCUGUUAACGACAGCGGAGAGGACACCGUCGAGUGCAAGCUGGAGGUUCGCCCUCAAAUUACCAAAGAUGAAAAGAAGAAAUGAAAUACUCAGAUUUAUAUCUGAAUGUGGACACGGUGGGGACUCAGUUACCCCUCCAGGCUUCCCGCUGAGCUCAGGACAUGUCAGAGGUUACAGGACAGAGCAAAAAGAGUUCAUUGUGUUUGUGUGUUCACUCAACGUUAUGCACAUACCCAAAGUUUAUACGUAAUAUGUCUGCCAGAAAUGCAUUCUUUCACCAUUUCACUCAUUGGCGUUUGUGGCUUGUGUUCAUUUCAUUUCAUUUCAUUUGUUUGACGUGAAGAUAGGAAUAGUUAUCACAACCUUCACUGGGUUGGUUUAUGUGAUGUUUUCUCUCUUGCAUCCUGAAACGUGCUGUAAUGUAAUUUAUUGAAAAAUAAACAUUCUGAUUGAUGCUCAGUAAA